AUGCUUGAACUCUCGUCCGCAACCGCUUGUUUGGAAAUGGAAGCUUCGACGAGCCGAACGAAAACCGAGAUUGCGAAAGCUGACAUGACACAAAUUGUGGCGUUAGCAGUGAUCAGUCGACUUCACGAUUGGUGCAUCCAACUGUUCUGGAUCACUGUAUUCUGUGUGAUGGGAUGCUGCGGUGACGAGAAGUCGCGAACAUCCAUCUGGCAACUUCACGAACAACAACAACAACAUCAACAGUUGUCACGAAAGCGUACGAGUAUUGCGGAGAUUGAAAUGAAGUUUCUCCGUCACAUCACCUCACCACUGCUUUCGAAUUUGCGACCGGUGAUGAAGUCGUCAAAGAAGCGUCCCGCUUCACGACCGCCUUCUCCACAACUUUUCGACAUUCUAGAAGAAUCCGAAGAUUGA